CAGUCACAAAACAAAACAACAACUAGUCUUUGUUUGGAACUAGAAGCCAUACAGUGCAUUGAAUAUUGGGCGGUUUUGUGUCAUAACUUGACAGCUAACUUUUCAUGUGGAAUUUACAAUUUUGCUUUCACACUUUUAUAUUUGUCCUUUUUAUGUUCUUUCCCUAUACUUCCUUAAACUCUUUGUAACUUCAACCUUGUUUUCUUUCCCUCUUUAGCUAUUCUUUCUUCUUUCUUCUUCAUCUAACUCUCACUUCAUGGGUUGUUGCCUCAGUGCUAGAAUCAAAGCUGAAAGCCCUCCACGUAAUGGCUCGAGUUCGAAGGACAGAAGCAGAGAAACUGGCUUGAGUGGUCGAAGCAGUGGCAAGGUCUCCACUGCACCUACUGCACCUCCAACUCCUCGAACUGAGGGCGAGAUCUUGAAGUCUUCCAAUAUGAAGAGCUUCACUUUUAGUGAGCUAAAAACUGCUACAAGAAACUUUCGUCCCGACAGUGUGGUUGGCGAAGGUGGAUUCGGAGCUGUAUUUAAGGGGUGGAUCGAUGAGAACACACUAGUACCGGUUAGACCAGGGACUGGAGUUGUCAUUGCUGUCAAGAGGCUUAACCAAGAAGGUUUACAAGGACACAGUGAGUGGUUGACAGAAAUCAAUUACCUGGGACAGCUGCAUCAUCCUAAUCUUGUGAAACUGAUCGGUUACUGCUUCGAAGAUGAACAUCGGCUUUUGGUUUAUGAGUUUUUGACCAAAGGCAGUCUGGAUAAUCACUUAUUCAGGAGAGCUUCUUAUUUUCAACCACUUUCUUGGAGCAUCCGAAUGAAGGUUGCUCUUGAUGCUGCUAAGGGUCUUGCAUAUCUUCACAGCGAUGAAGCAAAAGUGAUAUAUCGUGACUUUAAAACUUCAAAUAUAUUGCUCGACACAAAUUAUAAUGCAAAACUUUCCGAUUUUGGAUUGGCUAAGGAUGGACCGGCAGGUGAUAAUAGUCAUGUCUCUACAAGGGUUAUGGGCACAUACGGCUAUGCUGCUCCUGAAUAUAUGGCCACAGGUCAUUUGACCAAAAAGAGUGAUGUAUACAGUUUCGGCGUUGUGCUCCUUGAAAUUAUGUCUGGAAAACGCGCACUCGACAACAACAGGCCAUCUGGGGAACACAAUUUAAUUGAAUGGGCCAAACCAUACCUCAACAGCAAACGUCGGGUUUUCCAAGUUAUGGAUGCUCGCAUUGAAGGCCAAUACACAGUGCGUCAAGCAAUGAAAGUAGCUGACCUUGCAGUCCGAUGCCUGUCCGUUGAACCAAGAUUCAGACCGAAAAUGGACGAGAUUGUAAGAGUAUUGGAGGAACUUCAGAGUUCUUCAGUUGACACGGCCGGAGGAGUCGGAAGUUCUCGAGAUCAAAACAUUAAAAGGAGUGUUCAUGACAUUAAAAGGAGUGUUCAUGUCUCAAGGAACAGUAACGGUCCUAGACAACAUAGAAGUAAUAGGCCAAGUGUAACAAUAAACAAUGAAUUAUUAGUUAUGUAGGUAGCUUUGUGUUUCUGAUUUUGAGUUGUGGCAUAAUUGUAUAUCUUGAUGAACUUAAAUAUGUGUCUUGAGAUAUCUGUGAUUGUUGUACAGAUUUUUUGAUUCAGUAAAAUUAUUAAAAUUUUCAUUUCUUUUUCCAA